AUGGCCUUUGAGGAGAAAUACAAGACAAUCAAACCAAAGUACGACCUUUUAAAGGACGCCUUUAAACAGUUGUACGGGGAACAUGAUGGCCUCAAGGCCGAGAUCGGCAAAAGGAACGAAGAGUUUGAGCGGCUAAACGAGGACUAUGCAAAGCUACGACAGGAGUAUGACCUUCUCAUUGAGGAGAUUAAAGAUACAAAGCUACAGGCUGGAGGAGGCAGCUCUUCGUGGAUUGAAAGGAUAAAGAAGAAUGUAGAAGCUAGUCUGACGGAUCCAAAUAUUGUUGCCAGUCUCAACGAUGAAGUUGCAUCCCUAAAAUCCAAGCUUGAAACAGCUCUUGGAGAUAAUGGUAAGUUAUAUGGGAGAACAUUGACGGAAAUAUGA